AUGGUCAACUCCUGCUGUGGCUCUAGCUGCUGUGGCUCCAGCUGCUGCUGCCCCUCCUGCUGCAGCCCCUGCUGCUGCCGCCCCAGCUGUUGCAUCUCUAGCUGCUGCCGCCCCUCCUGUGGAGGAUCCAGCUGCUGUGGUUCUAGCUGCUGCCGCCCCAGCUGCUGCAUCUCUAGCUGCUGCCGCCCCUCCUGUGGAGGAUCCAGCUGCUGUGGUUCUAGCUGCUGCCGCCCCAGCUGCUGCAUCUCUAGCUGCUGCCGCCCCUCCUGCUGUGGUUCCAGCUGCUGCCACCCCUCUUGCUGUGGUUCCAGCUGUUGCAGCCCCUCCUGCUGCAUCAACUCCUGCUGUGGCUCUAGCUGCUGUGGCUCCAGCUGCUGCUGCCCCUCCUGCUGCAGCCCCUGCUGCUGCCGCCCCAGCUGUUGCAUCUCCAGCUGCUGCCGCCCCUCCUGUGGAGGAUCCAGCUGCUGUGGUUCCAGCUGCUGCCGCCCCAGCUGCUGCAUCUCCAGCUGCUGCCACCCCUCCUGUGGAGGAUCCAGCUGCUGUGGUUCCAGCUGCUGCCGCCCCAGCUGCUGCAUCUCCAGCUGCUGCCGCCCUUCCUGCUGUGGUCCCAGCUGCUGUGGUUCCAGCUGCUGCCGCCCUUCCUGCUGUAUCUCUAGUUGUUGCCACCCCUCUUGCUGUGGUUCCAGCUGUUGCAGCCCCUCCUGCUGCAGCUCCUGCUGCCCCCGCACCAGCUGCUGCCUGCGUCCGGUCUGUGGCCAAGUCUCCUGCCACACCAACUGCUAUCGUCCAACCUGUGUCAUCUCCACCUGCCCCCGCCCCAUGUGCUGUGCUUCCCCUGACUGCUGA